ACAACUUUUAAGUAGCCAGACUGUGAAAAAUUGUGAAGGCCACUGCAAUAGAUCUGUUUAUUUUUAAGUUCAUAAAACAACCAUUUAGGAUGGUUUUUCGCUGAAAUUGGCACCAAAACAUCAGACGCACGAUGUAUUCUAUGGGAUCAAGAAAUGUAGCCGAACAGUCACAUGUGAUGAACCAUAUAUGCUUGUAAGAUGGGCUAACUCAAGCAUAUGCGACGUUCACUAUCCUGAUAAAACAAAAACACAAGGUCCAAUGUUCUUCUACGAGUGUAACGGAACAUCUUGGAAUGUUCAAAGUUACCCAAUCGAUAGUAUCAUAUGUGCUGCUAAGAUAUAA